AAAAUGAUACCUAAAUUCGAAACAUUCAUACAAUAAUAAGAUGAGCACCAGUGGCAUACAAUGGCAUAAAACCCCCAUAAAACCUCCUCAUUCUUACAGUAAUUACUAACUCGAUCGUUUAAUGAAUCUGUUAACAUCCAGUAGACAUAAAAGUAUUAAUAAUUAAUGUAAUUAUCCCAGUUCAUCUUAUAGCUGAACGGACCUUCAUACACAGUGACUUAAAGAAAUAUUGCACAUUGGAUAAAUCAUUUAUCGUGUGUUUUAUCCACGAUGAACUUGACUUUGCUUCACCUGUUUCUAUUCUCAAAAUGUUUUCUUUCCUAUGUCGAGGGUAAUACUUCCACUAAAGUCAAUAAUUUGAUCUCGACACUGCUUAAUGAUUAUGACAAGAGAACCAGGCCAGUAAAGGAUCAACAAUCUACUCUGUCCAUCGACGUCAGUUUUUAUCUUUCCAUUGUCAACGACGUGGAUGAAGUGGCAGAGAAACUCGUCACAACUGGCUACCUGUAUUUAACAUGGACGGACCAAAAUUUAGCAUGGGAUAGUGCAACCAACGAUAUAAAUUGGAUUUAUUUGAAUCAGAAUGGUUUCACGAAGUUUAAAGAGAUGGGUGGAAGCUUCUAUUACGUUUACGUUUAUAACUCCGGUGAUGUGACGUGGAAGCCCUACGAGGUGUUUGAAACAAGAUGUGCAAUAGACAUCACUUACUUUCCAUAUGAUAAACAAACAUGCGAAAUCAUUUUCAUUGUGUGGAGCUACUCAGUAGAUGAGGUUGCGAUUCAUAAGUCAUCCAAUGGGAUAGACUUUUACGAAUAUGAAGAGAACAGUGUUUGGACAGUUUUGUACACCGAAUCAACUAUCAACAAAGAUAAAUAUGAAUCAGAAAUUAUCUUUACCAUUUACCUACAACGGAAGCCAAAGUAUUACCUUAUGAAUAUAAUUCUUCCUGUCCUUUGCCUUGGCCUGCUCAGCUUGUUGGUUUUCCUGAUUCCCGUUGAUGGUGGGGAGAAGAUGGGAUACUCCAUUACCGUAUUUCUAUCGUUUGCGGUAUUCCUGUCAAUUAUUAGCUCAGAAUUACCGGUAAACUCCGAAAGUACCUCUAUAUUAAGCUUCUAUCUUGUUCUCCAAAUGGUUAUUGGCACCUUAGAACUGGUCAUCUCAGCCAUACAACUACGUCUGCAUCAUAGAAAAAAGACCGCAGAUAUGUCACAAAUCUACAUAAAGAUUGUAAAGUUGGAAAAAGGCCUGCGUUGCAAAUCAUGGGGGAGUUGCUCGAAAAAAGUACGGGUAUCAGCAAAUAAUGAAAUAAAAAAGAUCGAAGUGUCAGAAGUACCAGACGCUGAUCAUGAUACUGAGACGAGAAUCGAGUGGAGUGACGUCACAUCCGCUAUUGACUUCCUAAGCUUUUGUACGAUAUUCGUCAUCAAUAUUUCUAUAACUUUAUAUCUUUUCAUCGCUAUUAUUGAUAAUAAGGAGAACUGAUCGGAGAAAUUGUUGUUAAGAACUUCAUCUCAAAUGGAACAAUUUAUGCCUCAAACACAAAUGGAAAUACUUUUUUGUCAAUACAAAUUAGUGAUCAAUUUUUCUACGUAUCUUUCAAGCAUUGAAAUUGUUCCAUGACGUGUUUGUGUGCGUGCAAUGGUGGAUAAGUUUAACAUUCAUUUAAAAAAAACCCAAAAUUAUCGUUGAACAUAUCACUUUAAUCAUAACAUCAUCAAUCAGUAAUUAUCAUUAUAUAUCUCAUGAAUAUCAAAACGUAAUCAUUUGAUCGUUGAUUCCAUAAUUACCUUUGACAUGAUAACUGUAGGGUAUUUUAGAAUUGGGUGCGAGUUGUCUUCGGUUGUAGUUGGGGCGAAUUGUUUUAAAGACGAGUCACCUAAUUCCGUCUAAUAAGUUUAGAUGCUCAUAUUUAUGUUGCAUAAAAAUUAAAAUUUAAUUUUCUUUUAUUUACUAUUUUUUUAAAUGUCUACCCCACUAUUUUGAUUACUUCGACAUUUCUAAUUAGCAGGCGGACAAUAAAAAGUUAAGUUAGAAGGAGAAAAUGUUCACAGUUAAAAAUUAAACUAACGUAUUUUCUUUAGCUGUACAUCAGUUUAUCAGAGUCUGUGAUAGAUUUUCUUUAUUACAAUCUGUUGCUACCUAGAACUAAAUUCAAAUAGAACUUUUACAUUUACGCUCGCUCAAUAAUUUGACUAUUUCAAUAAUAUACAUUCUUAUGUACUUUCAACUCCAAGUUAUAAUAAUUACGAAGGCGGUUGUAAAUUAUCAGUAUACAUGCAUACGGUAAGAACCUGGUACUAGUAAGUUGUAAGAACUUGUGUGUUUGAACCAUUUGUAUAUGUUUAUACAACGAAAUAUGUUCAAAGCACUGUGACUGUUGAGUACUGAGAUGUAUUUUCUGUGACGUCUUAAGCCCUUUUCACAAUUGGCGCACGAGCACUUUACAACACUGCGACCAGAAUUUUUUAGAUUCGCACGAGCUCUCUCAUAAAUUGCACGAGCUCUCGCAUACGUUGCACGAGCUCUCGCAUUCGUUGCAUACGUUUUACUGGUCGCAUCAAGUCUUCUCAAAAUAGUAGACAUGCACACAAUUCAGACGCGACCGAAUGCGAUCCAAAACAUCGCAGUACAACGUACGAACAUUACUACGAACGUUUUAUAACGUUUUGUGUACUCACAAGAGUGAUGCAUUAUUUUUAGCCGGGAUCUGCUGAAAGCAGAGUCCUGGCUAUAGGCAGGCAAAUCAGCAAUGUUACUAUAAAUAGCACAAAUAAACAAAAAACCAAACAGCGUCAAGGUAAAGCUUCCGCUAUACCAAAUAGUUACACGAAGAGCCACGUUUUGUCAAAAGUGUUGGCAUUUUGUUUCUUUUUUUUUUAAUUUCGAAUAAAUUGUCUAUCUUUUUUAGUUUUCUUAUUAAUAACGUGUUUUUAAAACAUUACUAUGCAUUUUGGACACAUACAAUGCGCAUGAAUUUCCAUGAACUACUUUGCUGCGCGAUAAAGAAACGGGGAUUAAAUAUAUAAUGCUUGUUGCAAAAUUCAAGGCAGCAACUCUUGAACUUUUUAACUUCUACUAGACAGGCAUACUUUUUGUUUAUAGCCGCUUACAAAAUUUGGUCGCUCUCUGAUGCUUUGCCGACAUUAAAAGCAUUAGAGAGAGAGAGAGAGAGAGAGAGAGAGAGAGAGAGAGAGAGAGAGAGAGAGAGAGAGAGAGAGAGAGAGAGAGAGAGAGAGAGAGAUUUUCAGUCUUUACUACACAAUAUGCAUAAAGACACACCAAAAGAGCCCGGCUUUCAGUACUUCAGUACUUUGAUUAAAGGUCGUAAGAUGAAUCGCAGUUGUUAAUGCGCGUAUUGUGCGACCAUGAGUCUGUUGCUCAACAUGUCUCAUGUUAUCUUGCAACGUUUUACUAUCAUUGCACGACUUAUCAGUAAUAUGCCAUGCUUUAUUUGCCACUAGUAUAUAUACCCUGUAUAAUCAUCUCUGUUUGAGACCACAAUUCAACAAAAUACAUUUAUUGCAUGAUGGUGAGGGAAAUAUAAAAUUUAUUUCUCCAAGAAAAAUCAUGUUUCCCCAGGGCAUCGCCCGCGGAAAAUUUGUUUUUCUGGGGGAAUAAAUCUUCAUAUUCCCUGAACAUUUAUACAAUAAACGAACAACAUAUGAUUAUACAAAAUAAGUUGAUUUUUAAAAAAUUGUUUGAUUGUUUGAUGUUCUCUGUUACUCUCGUUUUUCUUUCAUAAUUUUGAAUCAUAGAUAGUUUAGUUGGUUUUGUGAUAUAUAGAGAAUCAUAAUGAUCAAAUAUUUUUGAUUUAAUCAUAUGCUCAUAUCAGCUUUUUCAUUCCUAUGAAAUCGCCCUGUCAUGUGACUUUCUAGACCAAUCAAAUAUAAUAGAACAAUCAUAUUGAGGUAUAA